UAUAAUAUAUAAACCCUAACCCCUCACCACUUCUUCCCUCACUACUACUACUACCCACCAAAAUCUCUUUUCUGUCUCUCUUCCUCCCUUUUCUUCGAGUUUCUUCGCUUCUCAUUUUUAGUCCUAGCCAUGUCUUGCUACAGGGGAAAGUACGCUGAUGAGCUCAUUGCUAAUGCUGCAUACAUUGGUACCCCUGGAAAGGGUAUCCUUGCUGCUGAUGAGUCUACUGGCACAAUUGGCAAGCGUUUGUCUAGCAUCAACGUUGAGAACGUCGAGUCAAACAGGAGGGCUCUACGUGAGCUUCUUUUCACAACACCUGGUGCUCUUCAGUACCUCAGUGGAGUUAUCCUCUUUGAGGAGACUUUGUAUCAGAAAACAGCUGCUGGCAAACCCUUUGUGGAUGUCAUGAAAGAAGGUGGUGUCCUCCCUGGUAUUAAGGUUGACAAGGGUACUGUUGAACUUGCUGGCACCAAUGGUGAGACCACCACCCAAGGUCUUGACGGGCUUGCACAGCGUUGCCAACAAUACUAUGCUGCUGGUGCUAGGUUUGCUAAAUGGAGAGCUGUGCUUAAGAUUGGUCCCAAUGAGCCAUCACAGCUUGCUAUCAAUGAAAAUGCCAACGGUCUAGCACGCUAUGCUAUCAUCUGCCAGGAGAAUGGUUUGGUACCCAUUGUUGAGCCCGAGAUCCUCGUUGAUGGCCCCCAUAGCAUUGACAAGUGCGCUGAUGUGACAGAACGUGUUCUUGCUGCUUGCUACAAAGCUCUCAAUGAUCACCACGUUCUCCUGGAGGGUACCCUUCUAAAGCCUAACAUGGUCACCCCUGGAUCUGAAGCCCCAAAGGUUGCCCCUGAGGUCAUUGCUGAGUACACAGUUCGUGCCUUGCAGCGAACAAUGCCCGCUGCAGUCCCUGCUGUGGUGUUUUUGUCUGGUGGACAGAGUGAAGAAGAGGCCACAGUCAACCUCAACGCCAUGAACAAACUAAAGACCAAGAAGCCUUGGAGUCUUUCUUUCUCAUUUGGACGUGCUCUCCAGCAGAGUACCCUCAAGGCUUGGUCUGGAAAGGAGGAAAAUGUCCCAAAGGCCCAGGCUGCGUUCCUUGCAAGGUGCAAGGCCAAUUCCGAAGCAACCCUUGGAACUUACCAGGGUGGUGGUGCUUUGAGUGAGGGUGCCUCUGAGAGCCUUCAUGUGAAAGACUACAAGUAUUAGGUCAAGUUUUUGAUUCCCUAGAUUAUUCUGCUUUUGUUGUCGAGAGCAUAAUUAGCAACCAAGUUUAUAAACUGCUGCGACAUCUUUUAUCCUAUUUACAUGUUUUUAGGUUUUGUUUUAAUAAGCUUGAGAAACAUAAGCACUGGGAGAUUUGUGUGGCUUUUUUUUGUUAUUGACGGCUCAUUUUGUAUGUCAUGUUCUCUGAAUAUUUGCCUAUUGUUUUGGCAUUAAUGGGAAUUUUCUCGCUACUUCGGCAAUAAAUAAAUUUGCUGAGUCAA